AUGAGUUGGAAACUAAGCAAAAAACUCAAGGCGGACUCCAAGCCUGAAACAGGCGGUCUGUCAACUACAACAUCCGCUUCGUCUAGCUCUGCGCCUAGGCUAUUCCCUCACACGCCAAGUCCCUCUGGUGUCUUGUCUGUAACUAUACACGAAGGUGCUGGCUUCUCUGCGCUAGAUCAGUCCCAAGAAUUGUCCCUCAGCCGUGAACACAAAAACGGAAAUUUCGUCCAUUCAACUGAUGGCAUACAUUCACCCCUACCAUAUGCGCUGUUGGACUAUGACAAGUCUCAAAUUUUAGUUCCAUCCAUCUUGGGAACCACAGAAAACCCUAGGUGGUCAGAUCGCGCCGCUACAUGCAAGUUCGAUGUCGCAAGGGCCACUGAUCUGACCAUACAUCUCUAUUUGCGAUAUCUAGGUGCAGAAAAGAGCUUUCAACAUGUGCUGUUGGGUGUGAUAUCACUGGAUCUGUUCCAGGGCACGACGGCGCUGGGUUCGCAGUGGCUGCGUGUGCAAGACGGCACAGGUAGACUUCGCAUCAGUUUGGACUACACUCCUGUUCAAGAGAGGGUAUUCGAGGUGGAUGCCUCUGAUUUUGGCCGUCUGAACGGUUCGGGAGACGUCUUGCGAGUGAGGAAGAAAGACACCCAGCGGCAGUAUGCAAGAAAGAGCUUCAGAUCCGCUGAACCCAGUCAUGUGUCCCGAGCGAUCCAUCAUCCCUUCAUCGCAUCCCUUGCAUUUGCACUACAAACGCCGAAGGGAGCACAGUUCUUCACGCCUUUCAUAAGUGGUGGGCACCUUUUCAAUCACCUCCAGCGAUCGCAGCGCUUCGACGUGGACACUUCCAGAUUCUACGCUGCCAGUCUUGUUUGCGCGUUAGACUACCUCCACGGAACCUGCGCUGUGGUACCCUUACUGAAACCUGGAAAUGUACUACUCGACGCCCGUGGAUACAUCGUGCUAUGUGGUUUCAGCCUGCUCACACCACAAGGCAGAAACAAGCAUCAAUCUGAGCGCAAAAUGCCAGAGUAUCCGGCGCCGGAGUUGCUGGUUGGUGAAGAAGUGGACUCGGGAACGGCGAAUUGGUGGACGCUGGGAGUAUUGCUAUACGAGAUGCUAACAGGCAUACCCCCAUUCUACGACGACAACAGCGAACAGAGACGCCGCAACGUUCUCGAGCAGCCUGUACACUUUCCCAAAUCCAUGGAGCCUUCUGCCAUUGAUCUCUUUAGCAAGCUUCUCGAACGUAACCCAGAGAGCAGAUUGGGAGCUGGUGGGGCCGUGGAUAUCAAAGCUCAUCCUUUUUUCCAAGCACUGGACUGGCAGAAGCUCCUUUCAAGGAGGUACAAAGCUAUGUUUAUGCCGGACUAUGUCGAGGAUACUUUCAAGCACAACGGUAUUGAAUCAUUCUCCGAGCCCGCGCCACCACAAGAUCAGUUUCACGGAUUCACAUACACGCGUCCAGUCCUGGCAGAACCAGAGGGCAAAGAUAAGGCUCGGAAUCACCAGGUGCUGGGAAGCGACCAGUCCAUGACUGAACAUGGUGGCGAGUAUCAGCUCGUAUGGGAUGAUGCGACUCGGGAGUUCUAUUUCCGCGGUCUGGACACCAAUACGAGGGAACCUGUUCACGCUCCAGUGACAGAAGGAACCAAAUUCGAAGCAGAAGAGAUGCUGCCCAACUCUACAAUGUCCAAAUCGCCUGACCCGGUCCAAAAGCAAGCCGCACUUGAGAUCGCUUUAGAUCAUGGAUACCGUCACGCCACUUCACAGCUAUUGGAUUAUGGUAUGGAUUUGAACAUUCAGAUAGUCGUCAACGGCAAGCAGACGACGCCACUACAGUGGGCUGUGCAGCAAGGAGCUGUCGACUUGGUGAGGCUGUUUCUGACUAAGAGUACACAGAAUAUAGACCGGGUGGCAGGCACCCGAGCCCUAGGCCUCGCUGUAGAUAUGCGGAACGCUGCUGUCGUCGAAGAACUGUUAGCUAAUGGCGUUUCUUGCGAUUUCACGGAGUCGGACCGCCCUUCCCCUGGACGAAUCAACGAUAGUGGUUGCGAAUUCUACGAUGCAUCAGAUCCCGAAGGCUUCCUGGCCCCGCUUGUCCGAGCAGUCAGACAUGGAGAUAUCGAGCUCACUCGGUUGCUGCUAGCACACGAAGCGAACGCCAAUGUGGGUUACCAUGAUUUGCGGUGGCGACCUGAACCGAUGCUUGGAGGAGGAGAACCGGUAGCCUUUUCUUGUGGGAGGGCGGUGCAGCUGGGAAUGGAGUUGAAGCAGUUUGAAAUCGUGCAACUACUGCUUAGCAGUGGGGCAGAUAUCGACCUCGAACAGCCUGUCUGGGAUGUAGCAGGGCAUAAAUGCGGCUUCAUGUCGAGAGCAGUCUAUCAGAGGGUUAUACAUGGGCUGCGUAAACUCUCAGGUUAA